AUGCCAUCGGCUGUACCUCGCCUCCGUCCAACUCGCCUCGAUGGCAUGAUGGACGUUCUAGCCUCGUCGACCGGCCAUCGAGUUGAGGCGCUGUUACUGUGCUUUGUGUUCUCGUGCCUUUUUGGAUAUUCCCAAGCGUCUAGUUGGCCUGGAGCCCUCAACGACCGGACCCAGAGAAAUGCCUUUGCAGAACUCCCCUCCGAACGCCGCGCAAGUCAACUGCAGACUGCCGGGGCAGAGUGGAGCCUGUCGACCAAUCCGACCGAGCACGGGUCCAAGCGGAAAUCACAGAAUCGGCGAGACGUGAUGCUGGCCGACCUGGAGAGAUACGAUGAUGACAAGCCAGACGUGGCUUUGAUAAACAGCCUCCUUUCCAUCUCACAGGUUAUAACCUUCUCUCCUCUGCUCUUCCUCACCAUCUCUUCCGUCAAAGCGGCCGGGACGAUCAAGAUUGGGCCGGUCUAUGUUGGCCGGUGGAAUACAUUGUGCCCUUCGAAUGAUGGCUCAGGGAUCGAGAUCUGGCGUCCGUUGCGUGCCAACAAAAAAUAA